CUGCUCGACGCGGCGCCGCGGCGGCGGCGACGGCAGAUGGUUCCCGGCUUCAGCUCGGCGUCCGGCGGCGGCAGCACGGAGGUCGUCUCGCGACGGGUUCCGCUUGUUUUGAGCCGGUGUUGUCUGAGGAGAGGGGGCUCUUCUUCUUCUUCUUCCACUGGUGGACUACCCGAAGCCUCCUGCCCCUGACGCCUGCCAGGUGUUCGACCUUAUGGCGCCGAAGCGAAGCGGGCGCGCGCCCAUCCAACUAGCGUCCAGAACUUGGAGGCGCCGGCGUGUGUGGCGGAGGCUUCGAGCACCGCGAAAGCACUUCCCUUUCUCCUCCCGUGGGGGUGGUCGCGCUGCUCGAGCGUGGCGUCUGUGCCGUUGUCCGUCGAUGGAAUCCUUCAGCUCAUGGCCGGGGAUGCAUGUCGGAGUUUUUUUUUUUGGCAGCUGAGUGCUCACUGCAGAGACCAAGCACCAAUUCACCAAUUUAAGUGCAACCGGAAUAAGUCUGUCACUUGACAACUCGCCAAUCCAUUGACCCCAAGCUCAACCUCAAGCUCACUUUUGGCCAUGGGUUCACAGCGAGUUCCAGUGUUCCACAGAUUAGGCAACUGAUCUGCUGCUAUUCCACACUGCUUGCUAGGCAGUGAGUGAGUGAGUGAGAUGAAGAUUGGCGCAUGUUCAGAUGGCAUUUGGCCACGCAAGCAUGAUGAGGGUUGCGGAAUUCACAAUGAAACCGGGCUGAUGGAUGGGAGCUGCCUCUGUGUGAAACUCAACAUGGUUUUCGACGAAAUGUCAGAUGCCUACGCAGCUCUGCCGAACUCGAUUGUCUCCUUACAUGCCGCUGAUUGAGCCGUCAUAGGAGCAGGCACGCACCACAGGAGCCUGCCUCAUCUUCUGCUAUGAAUGUUCUCAAGUCAAUUGGUUAAUCAUCGGCAUCCCGGGAAGCAUAGCUUUACCGGCAGAUUCCUGAAAGGAGACGGACUUUUUACAGGAAAGGGUGUCCACACGCAUCUGAUUGGUUGCAUGGGAAAAAGUGAGACUGAUGAGCUAUAUCCUAUGCACAUGGUUAAGGUUAGCGUCCACGGAUUUGUCGUGCAAACUACCCUACUGCACUGCAUCCCUGCUCGCCAUUGCAGAGUUCAACUGAAGGAAACAAAGAAAAGUGCGAGCUGGUGCGUCCCAUGCAUGCUGCUGCUGCAGUUCUGCCUGUGAUGGGGGCCUGGAUAUGCAACUAUCGUGGUAGUUACUUGAGACUGUCUGCCACUGCCAGUACUUCCCAUGGUGGAUCGGUGCCAAAUUAGGCUGACAAGGAGAAAAUUUCAUGCCGUGUACUUGUUUGCAGGGUCAGCAAAAAUAUCGACUUCGGAAUCGAUGAACAGGCUUAGGCUCCUACUUUGUGCACAUGAUGAGCCUCCAAACCUCAGCUAUGGAGUUCAUAGUUUCAUGCUCACCUUGUCAUCUCCAGAGUUCCAGCAUCCUGUAAGUUCCAAUUCAUAUGCAUCUUAGAACACUGCUUCAGUUGCUCAGUUGAUGGUAUCAUUGGUCUUAGCAAUGGCUGGCAAGCUGAUCAGCUCCUCCAUUGUUCUUGCUCUUCUACCUCUGUUCUGUGGCAUCCUGCUUGCACCAUCAUGUGAAGCAGCCACAGUAGACACAACAUCUGCCACUCUCCUGCAAGUGAAGUCAGGUUUCACUGACCCUAAUGGCGUCCUCUCCGGCUGGUCGCCGGAGGCCGACGUGUGCUCAUGGCACGGCGUGACGUGCCUGACAGGGGAGGGCAUUGUCACCGGCCUCAACCUGUCGGGGUACGGCCUGUCCGGCACGAUAUCGCCGGCGAUAGCCGGCCUUGUAUCCGUCGAGUCCAUUGAUCUGUCGUCAAAUUCCCUCACCGGCGCAAUCCCGCCGGAGCUCGGGACGAUGAAGAGCCUGAAGACGCUGCUGCUUCACUCCAACCUCCUCACCGGCGCCAUCCCACCGGAGCUCGGCGGCCUCAAGAACCUGAAGUUACUGAGGAUCGGCAACAACCCGCUGCGCGGCGAGAUACCACCGGAGCUCGGCGACUGCUCGGAGCUGGAGACGAUCGGCAUGGCCUACUGCCAGCUGAUCGGCGCCAUCCCCCACCAGAUUGGCAACCUGAAGCAGCUUCAGCAGCUGGCCCUGGACAACAACACCCUCACCGGCGGCCUCCCGGAGCAGCUCGCCGGCUGUGCAAACCUGCGUGUCCUCUCGGUGGCUGACAACAAGCUGGAUGGCGUCAUACCUUCCUCCAUUGGCGGCCUGAGCUCUCUCCAGUCUCUGAACCUUGCAAACAACCAGUUCUCCGGCGUGAUUCCGCCGGAGAUCGGUAACCUCUCCGGCUUGACAUACCUGAACUUACUCGGCAACCGCCUCACCGGCGGCAUCCCGGAAGAACUGAACCGGCUGAGCCAGCUGCAGGUUGUGGAUUUGUCCAAGAACAAUCUGUCCGGAGAGAUCAGUGCCAUCUCUGCAUCACAGCUGAAGAAUCUGAAGUACCUUGUGCUGUCUGAAAAUCUCCUGGAGGGAACCAUCCCUGAAGGCCUCUGCAAUGGCGAUGGCAAUGGCAAUGGCAACUCGAGCUUGGAGAACCUGUUCCUCGCCGGCAACGACCUCGGAGGCAGCAUUGAUGCCCUGCUGAGCUGCACCUCGCUGAAGUCCAUCGACGUGUCGAACAACAGCCUCACCGGCGAGAUACCGCCGGCGAUCGACCGGCUGCCGGGCCUCGUCAACCUUGCGCUGCACAACAACAGCUUUGCCGGCGUCCUGCCGCCGCAGAUUGGGAACUUGAGUAACCUGGAGGUGCUGUCUCUGUACCACAAUGGCCUCACCGGCGGCAUCCCGCCGGAGAUCGGCCGGCUGCAGAGGCUGAAGCUGCUGUUCCUCUACGAGAACGAGAUGACCGGAGCCAUCCCGGAUGAGAUGACCAACUGCUCGAGCUUGGAGGAGGUCGACUUCUUCGGCAACCACUUCCAUGGCCCGAUCCCGGCGAGCAUCGGCAACCUCAAGAACCUCGCCGUGCUCCAGCUCCGGCAGAAUGAUCUGACUGGCCCGAUUCCGGCGAGCCUCGGCGAAUGCAGGAGUCUGCAGGCGCUGGCGCUGGCGGACAACCGGCUCUCCGGCGAGCUGCCGGAGUCGUUCGGCCGCCUCGCCGAGCUCAGCGUCGUCACCCUGUACAACAACUCGCUGGAGGGCGCCUUGCCGGAGUCGAUGUUCGAGCUCAAGAACCUGACGGUCAUCAACUUCUCCCACAACCGGUUCACCGGCGCCGUCGUGCCGCUCCUCGGCUCCAGCUCCCUCACCGUGCUGGCCCUCACCAACAACAGCUUCUCCGGCGUCAUCCCGGCGGCGGUCGCGCGGUCGACGGGCAUGGUCCGGCUACAGCUCGCCGGCAACCGCCUCGCCGGCGCGAUCCCGGCCGAGCUGGGUGACCUGACCGAGCUCAAGAUACUUGACCUCUCGAACAACAACUUCUCCGGCGACAUCCCGCCGGAGCUCUCCAACUGCUCGCGGCUCACCCAUCUGAACCUUGACGGGAACAGCCUCACCGGCGCCGUACCGCCAUGGCUCGGAGGCCUCCGGUCGCUCGGCGAGCUGGACCUCUCGUCGAACGCGCUCACCGGCGGCAUUCCGGUGGAGCUCGGCGGCUGCUCCGGCCUGCUCAAGCUGUCCCUGAGCGGCAACCGUCUCUCCGGGAGCAUUCCGCCGGAGAUCGGGAAGCUGACAUCACUCAACGUUCUGAACCUGCAGAAGAACGGCUUCACCGGCGUCAUUCCGCCGGAGCUCCGGCGAUGCAACAAGCUGUACGAGCUGCGGCUGUCGGAGAACUCGCUGGAGGGGCCGAUCCCGGCGGAGCUCGGGCAGCUGCCGGAGCUGCAGGUGAUACUGGACCUGAGCCGGAACAAGCUCUCCGGCGAGAUCCCGGCGUCGCUCGGAGACCUCGUCAAGCUGGAGAGGCUCAACCUCUCCUCCAACCAGCUCCAUGGCCAGAUACCUCCCUCGCUGCUGCAGCUCACGAGCCUCCACCUUCUCAACCUGUCCGACAACCUCCUCUCCGGCGGCAUCCCGGGCGCGCUCUCCGCGUUCCCGGCCGCGUCCUUCGCGGGCAACGGCGAGCUCUGCGGCGCGCCGCUGCCGUCGUGCGGGGCGCCGCGGCGGCUGCCGGGGGCGGAGGUGUCGGCCAUCGUGGCGGCCAUCGCCGUCGUGUCGGCCGCGGUGUGCGUCGCGCUGCUGUACAUAAUGCUCAGGAUGUGGAGCAACUGGAGGGCCGUCGCCUCCGUGUCGAGCUCCGACGGCGAGGAGACGGCGUCCUCGGUGGCGGCGGCGCACGGCAAGUGGUGCGCCGGCGACGGCAAGUACUGGAAGGUCGGGUCGGUGUCGGUGGCGUCGUCCGCCGCCGAAGAGAAGUACAGCUCGGCGUCGUCGGAGACGACCAGCGUGCUGCACGGGAAGCCGGCGGAGGCGGCCGGUGGCGGCGCCGGCGCGGUGAAGCCGGCGAGCAAGUGCUGAACACGACGACGACCCACCAUGGAUCGCCUCAAGCUCAUCUUCUUCCUGUUAAUUGUUGUUUCUUUACCUUGCCUUUGUUAUUGUCAUGUGUUGUUGAUCAGCGAAGCAAAAUUAGCCGGGAAGAACAGCUUUGGUUUUGUCUGA